AUGAAAUUCAAUAUUGAGAUUAUUCUUAUAUAUAAUAUACUCAGAGUGAUUGGCUGGAGUCAAGUGAUAAUUUUUUUGAUAUACCAAACAAGUUUAGAACUUGAAGACAUUUCAACGAUUGCAAAUUUAGUAAGAUAGUUAAUAGGGGCAAAAAUGCUUGAAAUUAUAUUUAUCAAGCCUAAUGAAAUUUUUGAUCAACGAAACAUUGUUAAAUAUUACUCCUAUCUUACUAGGGCUUUAUGUUUAUACUAUCUAAUGACUCCUGGUCUAUGUUUUUGUUCUUUUAGGAACACAAUAAGCGGAUGGGCAAUCUAAGAACUUUUUGACUCUAUUUAUUAUAUAGGAAGAUCAGAUCUAACAGCAUAAAUCAAAAGAAUACUAACUUAUAUAUUAAUUCCGUAUACGGCAUUAGGAAUGUUUAGAAUAAUGAAUAGAGUUAUAGAAAAAAAUUUGGAUAAUAUUACAUUUUGUAGGAUUAUUUAAUUAGUGCUCAUUAUUUUUGCAAUACAUCACAUGUACUUCAUUGGUUAGAAUAACAACAGAAAGAAAAUUAGCAAACUUUAGAAAAAUAUAUGA